AUGACGGAAAACAAAACGAAAGACUUUUUUUUCUUCAUCGCCCAAAAAGUUUAUCUAUUAGGCGCACCGAACUAUUGGUCUGAAGACUUAAAACUCUCGAAGUCAAUUUACAAAAUUCAUGACAAUUUGUUCUUGUUAAUAGAUUUCAUAACAACUCUGUUCAUCGGCUCAGAGUGGCUUGCGUUAUUCACUCAAAAUAAUUUAAGUUCCAAACAGAGUGAUGACAUGUUCCUUUUUGCAUGCUCCCAUCCAAUUCUACAUACGUACUGCUUUAUUAUGAGGUUUCAUAAAGAAAAGACGAGUGACAUAUUACUACAGCUGACAAUCAAUUUGAAGAAUAAGUUUAACGACCACGAGGUGGAACGACAGAUGAUCAGGCGGUCAAAGAUCUACACAACAAUAUUCAUGUUUUUGGUCUGCAUUACGUUAUUUGGUUACGGAGCCAACUCUCUCUUCACUGAUGGCACGUUCACGACAGUAAUAACUGCGUGGCCCGACGUCGAGGAUCGGAGUUUCUUUGCCGGUUGUGUUAGGAUUAUCACCUACAUUCUUUGGUGGAUUUUUGUUGUCAGAAUGAUGUGCGCCUUCUGGGUAAUAAUUCCCGUGACAAUUUUGCUAAGUCAUCAAUUCAAGAAUCUGAAAAGUUACUUCUGUAGUUUGCCAGAAAUAUUCGAAGAUGGAGACAGCCAGGCGGAGAAGGAAAAGAAAUAUAUAGAGGCUUUUAAAUUAGGAAUUAAAUGGCAUGCUGAUACAUUGAGAUGCACCAGACUAUGCCAAGAUGCGUUCUAUUUUGUAUACAGUGGACAAAUUUUACUGAAUAUUUCAGUUAUAAUUAUCAUCAUGUUCCAGUUUAUGACAUCCGAGCGGACGUUCAUGAGCGCGUUGGAAAAGUUGUGCACGUUCUCCUCCACACUGAUAAGCACGGGCUGCCUCAUGUGGAACGCCGGAGACGUUACUGUCGAGGCGGCCGAGUUACCAACGGCGAUGUUUCAAUCCGGCUGGCAUAACUGCAGAGCACAGGCCUCACGUCGCAUCAGACCCUUGCUGGUCGUUGCCAUGUGGCAGAGUCAGAAGCCUGUAAAACUUCGAUGUCUUGGAAUAAUUAACAUGUCGUACGAAUCUCACUUAUCGAUUGUCAAAACGUCGUAUUCUGUAGUAUCUGUACUAUAUUAAAUAAGUUAUUUUAUAUUUCACACCAC